GGGGGGGUUCUCUGGGUCUAACACAGUGAAUGUCAGACCAUCAACCUUUUAGAGGGUUAAAGCUUUUGUACGAUGCGAGAGAAGUCCAGGGUGAGCAAGGCGAGCGCAUGCGGGACGGGGCAGGAAAGCCACAUCCGCUUUCAGGCUUUCGGUUUCUUUGCCUCCAUCUUGCCUGCGAUUUUCAGGUAUCAGAGGAGUGAAGUCUUGGCGGGUCGCAGCCAAAGGACAGCCUAGCCGCGGGCAGGACGAACUCCUCCAUUGGAAAGGAUUCUGAAAGAAAUGAAGAAAACCAUCAGAAAUGCAAUCGGUAGCUUCAUGGCCUUCUGUUGACUGGACUAGACUUUUCUUACUGCUGCUCCUUGGAAUGACACUGUACAGGAUGUCUGCUGAGGUCAUCCAUCAGGUGGAAGAAGCACUUGAUGAAGAUGAGAAGGAGAUGCUUCUUUUUCUGUGCCGAGACGUUGCUGCAGAUGUGGUUCCACUUAAUGUCAGGGACCUUCUGGAUGUUUUAAGAGAGAGAGGAAAGCUGUCUUCUGUGAGCUUGGCUGAGCUGCUCUACAGAGUAAGGCGGUUUGACUUGCUCAAGAGGGUCUUGAAGAUGGACAGACCGACAGCGGAGGCCCUCCUGCACAGGCACCCACAUCUUAUUUCGGACUAUAGGGUGCUGUUGAUGGAGAUCGGUGAGGGUUUGGAUAAAUCUGAUGUGUCCUCAUUAAUAUUCCUCAUGAGAGAUUAUAUGGGCCGAGGCAAGAUAGCCAAGGAUAAGAGUUUCUUGGAUCUUGUGAUUGAACUGGAGAAGCUAAACCUGGUUGCUCCAGAUCACUUGGAUUUAUUAGAAAAAUGCCUAAGGAACAUCCACAGAAUAGACCUGAAGACAAAAAUCCAGAAAUACAAGCAGUCUGCUCAAGGAGUGGAAACAAAUUACGUAAAUGCUCUCCAGGCAUCUCUGCCAAACUUGAGUAUUAAGGAUCCUUCAUAUAACCUAAGGCUCCAGAAUGGGAGGAGUAAAGAACACAGACUCAUGAUGGGACAACCUGACAUUCAGAGAGAACCAGUGAAGACAUCCAUUCAGGAAUCAGAAGCAUUUUUACCUCAGCACAUACUGGAAGAGAGAUAUAAGAUGCAGAGCAAGCCCCUGGGCAUCUGCCUGAUAAUUGAUUGCAUUGGCAAUGACACAGACAUUCUUCAGGAAACCUUCACUUCCCUGGGCUAUGAAGUCAAGCGUUUCUUACAUCUCACUGUGGAAAAUAUAAUGCACAUUCUUGGCCAAGUUGCACACAUGCCCCAACACCAAGACUACGACAGCUUCGUGUGUAUCCUGGUGAGCCGAGGGGGCUCCCAGAGCGUGUUUGGCGUGGAUCAGACUCACUCAGGGGUCCCUUUGGAUCAUAUCAGAAGGAUGUUCAUGGCAGAUGCAUGCCCCUCUCUCUCAGGGAAGCCAAAGGUCUUUUUUAUCCAGAACUAUGUGACGUCAGAGGGCCAGCUAGAGGACAGCAGCUUCCUGGAGGUGGAUAGGCCAUCAGUGAAAAGUGCAGAAUUCAAGGUCAGGCAGCCCGGGGCCUGCAUGAUUCACCGAGAAGCUGACUUCUUCUGGAGCCUAUGCAAAGCGGACGUGUCCCUGCUGGAGCGGUCCUCCCCUUCACCGUCAUUGUACCUGAAGUGCCUCUCCCAGAAACUGGGGAAAGAAAGAAAACACUCACUCCUGGAACUCCACAUUGAACUCAACAGCAAGGUGUAUGACUGGAACAGCAGAGUGUCUGCUAAGGAGAGGAAAACAAAAGGCCGGCAAGAAAUAUUCCAAAAGUGGUGUAUGGAUGACAGAACGAUGGCUGUGACUAGACUGCAUAUGUGAUGGCUGGAGCUCUAGCUGCCAUCUUGAAUUGUGAGGACAAGAGCCACACUGUAGGGAUGACCGAGUGGUGAACAGAAAGGAGCCUUGUUGGGUGAAGACAUUAAGGAGCAGAGUCACCAUACCAGACCUAGAUUACCUACCUCUGGACAUUUAUGUGAGAGAAAAAAAUGUGGGGUUUAUAUUUCUUUUAACCUAACCUAGUCUGACUGGUACAUUGUUAUUUGAUUAAAGUGUUUUUUUUAUGUUUAUGCAUGUUAUAAGUUUAAAAUAAAUAUUUGCCUAGGCAAUCAUUUUAAUUUUUUAAUUAUUGUUUAAAAAUGUAUGUAUGUAUUGUUAAAAAAUGUAAUGUUAACACCUGAGCUGACCUAAGUUUUUAAUAUGUAUGAUGCUCUCAUUUAUUUCCUUUUAUAUUUUUGUGGUUUCUGUUGGAGAGAUGGAGAUGCUUUAUUAAGACAUUAGUAGGAUUUGGACACUGUCCUCAUAAGAGAUAUAAUCCACAAGGAAAAAUUCUGACUGAAUCAUCAGUAUAGACCAGCUUUUGGACCUGGUUUACAGUGAAUAAGAGCUUGAAAGAUCCAUACACAAAACUGAAUGUAAAGAAGAAACAGUAGGACUUCCCUGGUGGCGCAGUGGUUAAGAAUCCACCUGCCAAUGCAGGGGACAUGGGUUUGAUCUCUGGUCCGGGAAGAUCCCACAUGC